UAAGCCCCAACGGCAUAGCUCAGUCCAGAUAACAUCGACGAUGAGUUUAAUUGAAUAUGUCAAUUGGGUUUUAAAGACACAUCAACUUGAUCAACCGCAUUAAUUGAUGGACCACAUCUAUCGCAGCUAGCGUCACUUAACAUGUUCCAGUUAAUUUAACUCUUUAAUUAAAAACUAAAGAGCUCAAGUUUUCUUUAGAUAAACCAUUGUUUGAAUACUUUCCUUAAAACAACAUUGGUAAAUUUGUUUCUUAAAAAUAUUAUUUACCAAAAAGUAUGUACCUGUUUGGGGCUUAGCAGCUAAGUAAAGCUCAAGAUAUUAUCACAACAAUUUCGGUAAUAAGUACCUUAUGAAAUGAAUGAGAUGCAUUUAUCUCGGUAUGCAGUGUUAUCACGAGAGUCGGCGGACUCGCGCGGCGCUGCGGCGGCCGCAGCCCGCAGUCGCGUCGCGCGCACCGUGGCCUCCGCUCCUCUCGCGCCUCCUCCCAAACCUCUUAUCAAAACAUUCAGCCGCCGCUCGGGAUCGAUCCGUGAACGCGCUUGAUAACGUGACUGUGACUCCAGUGAUACAGUGUUGUUGUGAAACAUGUGAUUGUCAAUUGGGUGCCUUGGAAUACGGGACGAAUUUUUGACAGCUGACACUUGACUAUUUUAAAGCUCGUAUAGCAGUGAGCGCGUGCGGAGCGACGCGAUGUACUCGUAAACGGUCAUCAUGCGCCUCUUCCGAGGGCCGAAGCGCAGGGAAGUGACCGGGACGCGAGCCGCAGCGACGCCGGCGCCGUCUCCUUGCCGAGACGCCGCUGGCGCCGGACCCCGCCCGCACGACUUCACCCUAGUCACGGCACUACCAGCUAUGGUCAUGGAAGACGACGUUAGGGAAAUGAAGAAAGUGUUCGCAACAUGGGGUCGUCGCAUGGGAAAAAAACUUGACAUGUUGAGAAAACCCGACGCAAAAGAAGCUUCACAAGAACAACCUAGUAGUGAAAGCUUUAACGAAGAGUCCCCGAGGAGCAUAUCUGGCCAGUUCAAGAAAAAGCAGCAAUGGAAAAUGGAACGGAGCAGUUCUGAAACUACUUCCCUAAAAAAAGAUAAUGACACUGAUUCCAUUAGAAGCGGAUCCCGAGACCGAUCACCUAGCCCAUUCAAAUCUUUCUUCCAUAGAAUGGGUUCAACGGGAAUGUUAAACUCAUCAAGGUCCCAAACACUAAAUAUCCACAAAACAUCAGAAAACAGCUAUCCGGUGGCAAGUGGACCUACGCUUUAUCGAAGCUGUUCAACUUCACAUCUAUCCACAUAUGUCAAGGCUGAUGAUCCAUCUGAUGACAUUGAUUUACAGAACGCUGAUAGUGAAAUGAAAAAGUCUCCUUCAAAGAACAAUAAUAUUUUAACUGAAGACGCGUUAGUGAAUUCAUCAAAGGCCAUUAGUUGUGAUAAUAUCCCUAACCUUGAAGGACAAGGAAAUGGUAUGUGUAAAAAACCAAAUUUUCCGUACGCCUUUUUAAGAUCUAAACUAUCGGUAUUACCCGAAGAAAACAGUAUGGCAUCACAACAACGAACAAACAGCAUUAGGCAAAGUUACUCUGAAAGAAUAGAUAGAAAAUCACCAAAAUUUCGAAAAGACAGACUAUUUAUUUCCAAUUCUCGCUCCGAAGAACGAUAUCAAAGCAACGACAGCAUAUCGCUUCACGAAGAAAUGAUGCUUAAUGCUGCUUUAAGAAAUGAAUACUCUGAUGUCAAUAGAAGUUCCAUGAGAAGUAUCAAUGAAAUCGAUGGCACGUACCCUGCACGGCGUGUCGACGACGUUCACCGGCGUUCGUCGAUGAUAUCACAUAGGCUGCCUUUAGAUUAUGAUCCAAUGCUUAUACCGCGAAACCGAAAUAGUUUACCAGUAUAUGACUAUGGUCCGUAUUUAGGGUCCGUGAGGGACAUAAAAACUGAAUUUAUGACAUCGUCUCAAAGUAUACAUCUUGGGCCAGAAAGCACUGAGGUUCUUCAGACUCAUCGAUUAAGCAACUAUGUUAGUUCAAACGAGUCAGGCUAUGACAGCGAUGGACGUCCUACAGAUGAACAUAGCAACCACUCACCACCAGGAUACUCGAGUCAUAUAUCGCCAGGUACUGUGCGAGCAGAACCAAUUGAUACUACCGCAGAUGUAACGCACGGUAACUUUUCGAGACAAUUGAGCUUAAACCAUAAAAUCAACGUGAGUAGAGUACACGUUCCUGCUAGACGGAGUUCUACACCGUGUGCUUUAUUUCCGAUAGAAAAUAGCAUACCUUAUGAAUACAUAAACAAUAACAGGGAACAGUUUCAUAAGUAUUCCAAUAAUCCAUUACAUCUAGAUUAUAAUGAUGCUAAACCACCGCCGCUACCAAAAAAGACAUUAAACAAAAAAAUACCUUUUGUUUAUAAAACUAUCACACUAGAUGAACGUGUAGAAACACGAAAAAUUAAAUUACUUCAUUCCCAAGCAUUGCCAGUAGAACAUUCCUCUAAUCCCAAUCUCAGUACUUUAAUACCACCAGUGGACAAUGAAGGCCCCAGCAUUACUGUACCAGAAACUGAUAUUUUUGGACGGGGACCAUGUACAAAGCGAUUCAGAAAGUUAAGAUUAAUAAAAUCAAGAUUAGAUGAAAGUCUCGGAGUUUAUUUAACGCAACACAGAGUAGACUUCGAUAGCAGUGGAUCUAAUUUUGAGAUACGUUAUAUUGUGGUAAAACUGGAUUUUGAUGGCAUAGCGCAUAGGGAUGGAAGACUGCGGAUCGGUGAUGAAAUUGUUAAUGUCAAUGGAAAAGUCCUUAGAGGUUUAUCAUCACUAAAAGAAGUACAGCAUAUUGUUAACUCAUGUUCAAGUGAAGCAAAUUGCCAAGAAGGAGCACAAAAAUACCAAGUUGAUCUUGUUAUGGCCCAUGAUGAAAUUACUCCAGUUACAUUAAGUCGGAUAAUAAACAGACAUACUAGCGAUCAAAAUUUGAUAGCGCCUUCGACAUCUAACGUUCCGCCUGAUAUAAUUUCUGAAACUGUUCAUAAACCCACGGCUUCAAAUCAAAUAACCAUUGAAACACACUUUCCUAGUGAAAACCAAUUUUACAGUAAUUAUGGAAGUGGUCCCAAUCAUUUCGAGCAUAGCACGCGACGACGAGAAACAGACGUUCUAGGAAACAAUACUCCUUCAUUUCAACUAAAUCAAAAGAGUGAUGACGAAAAACUAUUAGAGAGGGCUUAUCCGGCAUCAUCAGCCACACUGCAAAAUAUUACAAAUAUCGAAAUAUCAAUGAGAUCUUCGCCAACACCAAGAAACAGACACUCAAAUAAUUAUAGACCUAUUUCUCUUCACAAUUCAAGGCCGCCUCCUAUGGUCGAGCAGUAUUCAACAAGUAAUGAAAACACAACAAAUGAGAUAAAGGAAAAAUCACCCCAUUACAUAAAACAUGUCCCAAGAUUGUACCAAAACCGAUCAUUUGAAAGCAUUCCUGAACAACUUCUGAGAAGUAGCAAUAGAAGUAGAUUUUUCAAUAGGAUUGGUUCUCAACGCUGCUCUCCAAGUCAUGGUCAUGUUUCUCGUCAUCAAGAACACGCAUUAAUGCAGAAUGAGGGUCACCAAAGUGGUAUUUAUUCAAAUAAUUCUUUGCACAUGGCAGAAUUCUGGAAAGGACCUGGUCAUAAAAGUCUAGGUUUUAGUAUUGUUGGAGGAACCGAUUCCCCUAAAGGACAAAUGGGAAUUUUCGUGAAAACCGUCUUUCCUAACGGACAAGCUGCUGAUAAGGGGACUAUCUUUGAAGGUGACGAGAUCUUGUCAGUCAAUAAUGUGCCAACCCGUGGACUGAGCCAUGCAGGGGCCAUAUCGCUUUUCAAACAAGUUAAAGAAGGAAAAAUUGAACUGACGCUUUCAAGAAGAAGAGCACCUAGGUCAAGAUCUGUGGAACCUCUGGGUAAUUUCCGCUGCGACAAUCUAAAGGAGUGAAUAUUUGGCAGAAUUAGAACCGCGAUUUAAACAAAAUUUGUAGCAAUUUUAUCAAUAAUGUGCAAUACUUUUUAUAACAACUAACUGGAGUCAUGUAGAAAUACAAUUUUUCUACAAUAACAUUCAAAUAGUAUACAGAAGAAUGUCGUUUAUAAUAAUUGCGUGCAACGUGCAAUUGUACACAAGAUGCUAAAUAUUCUACAGUCUGACUGUUUUCUUACAGAAUUGAACCUACUUUUGCGACGUAGUCGCCAUACUAUAUGUACUAUAUAGUUAUGUUUAAACGAUAGUACCUAUAAUAUUAACUUACUCUGUAAGUCUCUAGUUGUUGAACGUUAAAUAUUUCCGUUUCUACUCUCCAACGAAACACGUACUAUAACUGCGAGGUGUAUGUCCAUGUAAGCUUUUAUGUAGCUAUGCAUAGUUUAGGAAAUAGAUUUUAUAUCAUUUUAUUAUACAUAUUACGGAAUGUUGAUUGUAAAUAAUAUGUUGAAUUCAUACAGCAUUAAUGCAAAGUAUUGUUAUAGGACUAAAUAUAGUCGAAGACCUACAAUAAGACUGUAUUUAUGUUUAAUGUUAAUGGAAAACUACUAUAGAAUUUCGUAAUUUGUAUGUGUAAUUUUUUCGUUAUAUUGUUUUGUUAGGCAAGCUAGAUCUCGUUGAAACUUAACCGAUAGAUGUACACUAUGCUACCUAGUAAGAAUGAAUAUGUAGCUGUUGUGAUAGUUAAUGGGUUUUUAGUGUAUCGAAAUCUAUGCCAAGAGCAAUUAUGAUUUAUGAUUCGUGGAUGUUUGUUGAUUUGCUUUGUAUGUAUCAGGAGCCUUUUGUAUUUUAAAUAAUGUAUACUUACUUGGAAUGUACUCGUUAUUUCUUAUUAUAGACUGAUCUUUUUAAUUUGAGUAGGUACCUUAAAUACUACCAAAGUUAGACAUAAUAUCACAACUAUAACAAAAUUAUAAUCAUCCUUAACAAAUCCGUAAUAGAAUGGAUAUUUAAGCCAAAACAAUAAAGUGCCUUGAGUUUUUAUUGUGCAAAUUUUUUCUAUCCUCACUCUUUAUUCUUCCUUCUAAGCUAACUGUGAGACCGACUUUGACGUGACAAAUUGUGAUAGUGUCCCCAGUAAAUGUCAUAUUUUCAUAGAAAUUAUACGUUCAUGAUGACACUUCCGAACUUUUUUCAUUGCUAAGUUCGUACAAAGUCAGCUUGGCCUGACUCUGGCAAAAUUUAUGAAUGACUUUAUUUAAACAAACUACCGCGGCACUUAGAUGAAAGCUGGUAAAUACAGGCACAAUAAAAACUAAGGACACAUAAGAACUUCUGAAUUUUGUAUCGUCUAAAUUUUAGUCACGUUAGCUGUCAAGUAGCCGUACCAUAAGUUGACACUUGACGUUCACAUUAGCGACUGCGUAAUAUCGAUUGCAGUCCAUCUCGUUCGCACUUAUGUAUUGGUGCGAUAGAGGGAAUGCGAUCGAGUUCAAGCAGUCGCUAACGUAAAUGUCAUAUGCCAACUCGUGUUAGCCGUUUAGAUUAAACGUGACAGUCCAAUUCUAAACUCCUCAUGUUACUACAAUAUCGAAGUUGCAAUUUGGAUAACUGCACAAUAGUUAGUUUCUUAUUUUACAAGAUAAUACACCGAUAACUAGACCUGCUAUUAAUAGAGUUAAGUUUCUUUCGAGACGAUAUAAAACAACGAUACGAGACUAAACUGACGAUAUAGAUUUUUUUAAAUGGAAUGUAUAUAUGAAAAAAUGUAUGCCAAUCUUAGCGUAAAAAUCAACCUAAUACGACGAUGCUUCCAUCCAUAUUACAACGUGCUUUUAAACGUAGGUUUAAUUAAUCUUUAACGAUUUGUUUUGGUUACAGUUUUUACACAAAACACCGAUUAGCUCCGUCCAAUUAAAUUGUUAAAAUGUCAAUUGUUCAAAUAAGUAUAUACCUAUCCCCUUCCUUUGUUCCUAUUUAUAUACAUUUUGAAGUAUUUCAGAGAGCUCUAGUAAGGCUGGUUAUACCUAUUGAUAAAGAAGACACGCUUUCCACAUAGAUUUUUGUACAUAGACACCUCCGUCGCUAGCUCUAAUGCACGCACAUAUUUAUUUUGCUGUCAAGUUCGCACAGUGACAUUGACAACUGGCAUCAUGGGCGGGACAACAAUAAUAAUUACCGCGCGUGCGACAGAGAUAGGAACAGGCGGGUCAAUGUACGAAAAUCUACGUGAAAGCGUCUCUGCUUUAAUAAAACACCACCGCACUAUGCUCUUCAAGCGUAAUUGCGCAUAAAUACCUGUUUGAAGCAAAAUGUAUUAUUACAUUGCGCAGGCCAUUGCAAAAUAGCCAGCCAAAGUAAUAUUGCUGAAACUUUAUGCCUACUCUGUGGUUUAGGUAAAUAAUAGUGCUGGUGCAUCGUAUAAUUUUAUAUAUUUCCUGACAAAAUGUACCUGCCUCCUGACGACUAGGUGUAAAAAUUUGCCAGUUUAAAGUUAACUCUGUCAUAUAUUGACAAAGAGUCAAAACUUAAGUGGCAUAUGUAUAUCUCCUUACUACAAGGUCGUCAGGAGACUGAGACGGAGGAGGUCAUUGUGUGAUAUUUUUAGUCUGAAUCAUCAAGCGAACUUAAUCUAACCGUGUAAAGAUCAAUUCAAGUUGUAAAUUAACUAGAGACUUUGCUUAAUAAUUACACUAUCGUUUUUUUUUCUUUUGGGCAAACCACUUAACAGCGAAUACAAAGCAAUUGUUAGGUUUAACACAGAAAUGACAACACAAUUAUCGAAUCGCUCUAUGAUCAAAAGAUUACAAGUCAAAUAAUAUUAUGAAGGGCCAGCCCUGGCGUCUACCCGACCUUACUCUAAGUGACCACUCACAGGUACCUAAUUUAAUACAUGAUCAUUUCCAUGUUUUGUGGUAAAUAAAACUAUUGCUUUGUAUUCUCAAGUACGUUAUGAAUUAGAUUGACCAAAAAUAACAACCAAACACUAACCCCCUUAUUCAUAAACGUGUACUAAAGUUACGAUGCCGCUAAUAAUCGUUUGUCCUUUUCCAUCAUACCAAUACGUCGGAAAGGGACAAACGAUUAUUAGCGGCAUCGUUACUUUAGUACACCGUCAUGAAUAAGAGGGUAAGUAUACAUAAUUGAAGUUCACUUAAUAUUAAGACUAAUUAAAAAUACCACUAAUCAGCUUCGACCAACCUCGCCCAUAACCCGAUUAGGGCAAUUAGAUUAUCGGAAGGAGGACUAAAGUCUAGAGGAGUAAUCAUAGAAUAAAUUCAACAUUUUUCGACAUUAAAUAUUUCGAUGAAUUUACAUUGAAUGUUAUGCAAUGCACCAUUUAUGUAUAAAAUUUUCGCCAAACCACGAUAGAGUGGCCGUAAAGUCAAACCAGCCCGCGUAGCCAACAUGCCAAUCGUUAACGCUCACUGUCACUGUUGCACUAAUAUGGAAGCGUAAUAGAUAAAGAUGACUACGCUACGCUACGGAGCGUUAACGAUCGGCAUGUUGGCUACCCGGGCAGAUACUUUGCGAAACGUUGCGCAUAGAUAAAUCUAUAUACCUGUCAAACAAUCUAAUUCAUCCAAUUGUUAUGUAAUAUUAAUAUUUACCACAUACCGUGUACAGUAUUGAUUUGUAAUAACUUCUCCAGUAACAUCAUUUGUAAAGAAUUUGAAAGAUUAUAUACUUAUGGCUUCAUUCCUACCAAAAUAAAACAAUUCAAAAUAA